AGUACACGGUUAUUGGUCUGUGAAUAAAAUGGCGAGCACUCACUUUCCUGAAAGGGAUAAAAAUUUAAAUCAACAUCAUCAUCACUUAGUAGUUAAUAUUGCUCAUUUCACUUCACCGAUCGGGUCGGGAUCUUCUACAAGUUACUAGUGAAAAUACUAUAAUUUGGUAAUACCUACUUUAUACUCGAUUAAUUAAUUUUACAAAAACAUUGAAAAUGCGGUGUUGUGUGCCUUUCUGCAAUAAUACUUCAGACUAUGUGAUCACAUCAGACGGCAAGGGCAUCAGUUUUCAUGGUUUCCCCCGUGAAGGCGGCCUCCGUGUUGCUUGGCUCAGCGCCCUCGGCAUGCAAGGCAGUCAGCUGCCAGACUCUGCCAUGAUCUGCUCGCGCCACUUCCUAGAUGAUGACAUUUGCAAAACAGAAGGUGGAUUCAGGCAACUAGUUGCUGGUGCUAUUCCUUCAGCUGUGCAGGUUUGCAUGAUAUGCCUAGACACUGACAGCAAGCUGUUUCUUAUGCGCAAACACAAAUUGGAAGAAGCAUAUGAACAGUUAACUGGACAUCCUGUUUUGUGUGAUGCAGGAAACUUAAAACAAACAUUCUGUGUACAAUGUGCUCAGAGAUUGAGAAACUUUAGUAAGUUUAGAGACAAGAGCUUGAGAGCCCGUGCACUGAUGAUGGACUUAGUUGACAAACAUGAAUUAAUAACAACACAACAUAUACAGAUGAUUGACCGCACACAGCACCAACUAAAGAGUAACAUCGUGUGGACUGUGCUAGGUACCAAUCCCUGUGACUUAUACAUUGAACAUCCCUCGGAAGACAAACAGAUAGAAUUAGGGGAAACCAUACACAGCAUUGAAGUAAAAAACGAACCAAGGGAUGACUCUAUGUCAGUUGAUGGAGACACAGAAGUGACAAAUGAAGAUGACAAUAAGGUUUUCAGCAGAUUUGUUGCAUCUAAUGAAGGCUGCUUAUCUGAUGAAAAUAUGAGGUUGCAAGCACAACUACUGGAUGAAGCUGGUUGCAAUGCUCUGAAGGAGAAAGCACCAACUACACAACAAGCGGCUGAGCGCACCGACCACUCACUUGCUUCACUCGGCACUGAGAACAAACUGAGCAUUUGGAAGCAAAUCGAUGAGCCUCGUCCUUCUGCAGACUUGCCUCUAACUGUAGUGGCUCCCUUGUCCGCGAGACUUGAAUCAGAUAAUGCAAACGAGGUGCACGCUACUGAAGAAGCCGAUACAUUCGGGGAAAGUGAACGAGACCCUGAAACUAACAACGGCGAGGUAGCUGUCAGUUACAAUAAGACACACAUAAACAUUGAUACACUAACUAAUUGUGUAGUCAAGUUAUAUGAUUGUAAAAAGUUUAAAGCUGUGCCUCAACAAGAAGGAUCGCUGAUGAAAACACAGAAAGCUGUUAGUUCCUAUGAAAACCCGAAUAUUGAUAAUGUCCCUAUGACAACAAACAUUAAACCAGUCAUUGAUGAAGUAAGAGAUUAUAAGCGUAAUGUAUCAAAAUUGUUGCAAAGUGAAACUGAUUGUUCAAAUAAUAGCAUCGAUGUACAACUUAAUAUUGCAACCGAAAAUAAUUCAAUUACAUUUCCUGAGAAAGAAUUGUUUAUUUGUGACGUUUGCCGCAAGAUGUUUAAACAGAAAAGUCUCUUAAUUAAACACAUCCAGACUCAUAACCAAGUAAAGUAUGAAUGCAAAACAGUUAACAUGCAACGCUCCACAGCAUUAAAGCCUUAUGCUUGUGAUUUAUGUGAAUAUAAAUCUGCUUCUAAAAGCAAUUUACGUGCCCACAUGAGAACUCACACUGGGGAAAAACCUUUUACUUGUAACUUAUGCAAUUAUACAGCAAAUAGUCAUUUAGUGAGGCACUUGAGAACUCACACUGGGGAAAAAUGUUAUUCAUGUAAUUUAUGCAGUUAUAAAAGCGUGCAAAAUUGUCACUUAGUGAGGCACAUGAGAACUCACACUGGGGAAAAGUGUUAUUCAUGUACUUUAUGCAGUUAUAAAAGUUCGCAAAAUUGUCACUUAGUGAGGCACAUGAGAACUCACACUGGGGAAAAAUCUUAUUGUUGUAUGUUAUGUGAUUAUAAAUGUUCAACAAGUACUUAUUUAGCAGCGCACAUGAGAACUCACACUGGGGAAAAACUUAUUUGUAAGUUAUGUAAUUAUGAAGGUUCAACAAAUGGUUCUUUAAUUACGCACAUGAGAACUCACACUGAAGAAAGGCCUUAUUCAUGUAGUUUAUGCGAAUAUAAAAGUGCACGAAAUAGUCAUUUAGUGAGGCACAUGAGAACUCACAGUGGGAUAAAACCUUAUUCUUGUAAGUUAUGCGAUUAUAAAUGUUCAAGAAAUUGUCAUUUAGUUGUGCACAUGAGAACUCACACUGGGGAAAAGCCUCAUUCGUGUAGUUUAUGCGAAUAUAAAUGUUCGCGAAGUAGUAGUUUAGUGAGACAUAUGAAAACUCACACUGGAGAAAAACUUUAUCCUUGUAAGAUAUGCAAUUAUAAAAGUUCAACAAAUGAUUCUUUAGUGCAGCACAUAAGAACUCACACUGGAGAAAAGCCUUAUUCAUGUAGUGAAUGCGGAUAUAAAUUUGCACAAAAUAGUCAUUUAGUGAGGCACAUGAGAACUCACACUGGAGAAAAACCUCAUGCUUGUAAGUUAUGCGCAUAUCGAUGUGCAGUGAAAGAUGCUUUAGUUGUGCACAUGAGAUCUCACACUGGGGAAAAACGUCAUUCGUGUAGUUUAUGCGAAUAUAAAUGUACACGAAAUAGUCAUUUAGUGAAGCACAUGAGAAAUCAUCAUGAGAGAAAAAUUAACAUCUAAUAAAAUCUAUGCUUUAUUUAUAAAUACUAAUAAAUAAAAUUGAAGUGGAAAUACUAGGUACCUCAUAUUAAGCUCAUAUGGUUAUUUGGACUACCAUAACUGAAUG